AUGACCGUCCUCAACACCGCGGAAGCCCUCUGGGCCCGCCUCGUGACAACUCACGAUCCUCAUGCCGUAGAUUUCGUCGGAACUCUCGUCGUCCAGUUCAUCUUCUGGUGGAUUCCCUGCACACUCUUCGUCUCUCUCGACUCCGUCGCGCCCUCCUUCUCCGAGAAACACAAGAUCCAGCCAGCUCCCAAACAACCUUCAUCCAGCGACAUCGUCCACUCCGUCCUCGUCUGCAUCCGCAACCAGGUCAUCGUCUUCGGCCUCCACGGCGCCCUUCUCUACUUCACUUCUGCCAAGGGCCUCCCUCCCCGGAUCAGAGUCGACGCCAGCUUUCCCUCGGCACAGGAAUUCGCCUCCCACCUCGCCGUCAGCGUGCUCGUCCGCGAGAUCCUCUUCUACACCACGCAUCGCAUCUUCCACUGGCGGCCGCUGUACAAGCGCUUCCACAAGCAACACCACAAGUUCACUGCCCCCGUGGCCUUUUCAUCGCAAUACGCCCAUCCCGUGGAGCAUCUCAUGGCCAACGUCCUGCCCAUCUUGCUGCCAUCGCUGCUGCUAGGGUCCCAUAUUUUGACUAUGUGGGUGUUUGUGGCCUUCCAGCUGAUUGAGACGUCGACGGUGCACAGCGGAUAUGAUUUCUUUGCGGGAGCAGCUAGAAAGCAUGAUAGGCACCACGAGCGCUUCGAAGUGUAUUUUGGCGGAAUCGGGCUUCUGGAUUACGUGUUUGGGACGGACGAAAAGGGGGGUCCCAGAAGAGAUAAAAAGGAUUGA